GGACGGAGUUGGCGCGGCUUGCGGCAGAAUUCAUCUAGCAAAGAGAAUCUACACGAGGCCAAUCAUCCUACAGCCGUACUUAACAUCACUCAUAAAGCUGUACCGCCCCUCCGUAUGCCCCCGCCGACAGCCGGCGGAAUCAACGAGCCCCAAGAAUGUCCGUACUGCCGCCGGACAUUCUCUUGUUACUAUUCCCUGAAACGACACUUCCAAGACAAGCACGAACAGUCGGACACGCUGUACGUGUGCGAGUUCUGCCACCGGAGGUACCGCACCAAGAACUCGCUCACGACGCACAAAAGCUUGCAGCACCGCGGCUCCAGCGGCAUGCUCAAACGGCUGCUGAAGACGUCUGCCCUGCACAGCGCGCUGGCGCCCGCGCCGCACCACCUGUUCGACCUGGGCGCCGACCACGGCCCGCAGCUGCCGCCCGGCCUGCAAUGA